AUUUUAUUAUAUAUGAAGUUGUGAUAUUUAUAAAUAUUAAGAAACUUUUUAUAACUGUAAAGUUCAAUAUUAUGAGUACAUUCACUCUGAUAAAUUUCUUUGAAAUGAUAUAUCUGUAUCAGUCUAUUCUCUGGCAUCUGUCAUCUGACUUUGUAAUGCAGACAAAAGAUAUCUGUGUUUUCAGAAACAGAAAUACAGAUGUUAUACUCUUUUACAUCUGCAGACAUGAGACUUGUACAUCUUAUCUGAAAUAUUAUCAUAAGAAUAAGCUGUUUGCAUGCUGCAUUCUGCUUUCUGUAUUUCUCUAUAUUCUUCUCUCUCUUUCUGAGAAGUGUCAUGCAUUUACUCUGAUGUCAGAGGCUAUUCUAAUUAAAGAUAAUUACACUGCUGAGACUACUCUCUUUUACUCUCAAGCUUCUUCUGUCACUUUCUCUCUCUUCUCUGCAGAGAAGGUUGUGUAUAAAUCAGGUUAUAA